AUGGAUGGUGCGAUACAAGAAUCACACGGACAAGCGCACAACAAGCCGGCCUCCAGCCUGAGCAGGAGCUCGGACGACUCGAAGGUCCUACGAGGCAGAUCGACCAAACCUGGGUCUGUCGCGGACACGAAAAGUAGCUGCUCUUCUCAGAGAAUGCCAUGCUCCGGCCCACCAGCCCAUCUGGUAUUUGGACCGUCCAGCUUGCAUUCUUGUCGUCUUUUGCCUCCACAAUUUGCAGACGGCUUUGUCGGCAUGUGGUCAACAAGAACUGCGUUUGACCCCUCCUCCCCCAUCCACCACCCCCACCCUUUUCUUCUGUCAACUGUAGACAUUUCUGCACAUCGACAUCCAGCACAAAAUGAGACCGUCCCAUCUCUCCGGACGACAGUGUGUUUUGCGCGGCUCCAGUCGCUAAGGGGGAUCAAUAUUCAAGGGUUCAAGCAGUUGUCGUGCCAACACAUCGGCUCCACUGGACAAAGGCGUAUUGGAUCAAUCUUCUGGCGCUCUAAUGGCUCAUUUCGACUCGGACACGAACUUACUCUUCAUCGCAGGACGUGUAUGUGA